AUGGACGGCUCUCUCGUCGCAGUAUCUCCCCUGAGGCCAGCGACAUACACCAAUGGUUUCGGCGAUUUUAUAUUCGGCAGAGAAGAAAAACAAUUAUUGAGAAUGUUUCAUUUCCAGACGAAGAAAUUAAGCGUAAACAAUCACAUGGUGAUCCCAGUCUUCCAGACUUCUGUUUUGGAAAGGACUGGCGCAUUUGGAUUCUUCAAACUCCCGCUAGAGAUUCGUAGACGAAUUUAUACCCUCCUUCUCGGCCCUCUUUGGUCAUACAAUGUCGACAAUGACAAAUGGAAUAUCAGAAUCGAAUAUUGUCCAGGACGCCCGGGAAACUAUAAACAAGAUUGGGAAAACGGCAACCAUCCACCACUUUGUCCUCCUCCCCCAAAUCGUAGCUUCCCAUACAAUUUGAAGUGCGACACCGGUGCGUGCUACGCUGGUGGAGAUGAGAAUAUGUUUACUGCUAGCAGAAAGCCUUCUGACGAAUCAAAUACUUCUUCCUGCCAUGAGGUUUACUUAUACUGGCUUCGACAAAUGUCCAACGUAAACUGCUUAUUCAGAAAAGAACUAGCACAAGUUUUCUGGGGUAGGACGUCAAUUCGUUUGUUGGAUUUUCGAAGUACGCGUCGCAUCUUCUUUUAUAUGGAGAAGCUCCUUCUUGAGAGGCCUGCUAUAUGCUCAGGUAUCAAGAAGCUGAUAUUGCACUUGUCCGACAACGAGGAGAGUGAAAUGCCGGGCAAAGCAAUAGAUUUAGAUAAAUUUUCCCAUCAGUUUGGGAGUUUAAGCUCGCUUGUGCAUUUGGAAGAUUUGGAUCUUUCCAUAAGUAUACACGAGAUUAGGGUAAAAGCGCUUUGCACAGUAGAAGGGAAGUACAAAAAUCUGCGAGUGAUCCGAGACCUGAAAGUCAGCAAUCACUUUCGUUUAACAAUGCGCAUCCAAGCAAUAUUCGACGCAGUCCGUCCUGAUGGUUAUUGGGGAUACAAUAACCGAGAAUCACGCCGCCGAGAGCUUGAAAAUGCAUACCAGCCAAUAUUGCGAAAGAGGAUCUUGCCUAAUUCUCUGCGGGUUACCCCACUCACCGAAGAACAAAAGUAUUUGAAGGCACGAGCGAAAGAGCAAUAG